AAAAUCCCUUUCUCUCUCAUCGCAUCACAGUUGAAGAAAGAGAAAAAAUGGUGAAGCUGGCGUCGGCGCGAGAGGCCCGCACGUACGGGUCGAGAGUGUCGCGGCACCGGGCGGAGUACAUGAACGCGGGGCUCUACAUCUUCGCCACGAUCCUCCUCGCCGGCGGCUUCGUCGCGCAGUUCUCCGGCGAGCCGAGAUCCGGACUGGUGCUGCUCCUAUUGGGAUAUUUCGCGGUCAUAAUCGUGAACGUGCACGAUCUCUUCGCGCAUCUCGCCGCCGUCGAUUACCGGAUGUCGCUGAUAGAGUACGAUCUGCAGCUCGCGCUCGUCGAAUUCGCCGUCCCACUCGUUUUCACCAUCGGCACUAUUCUCCUCUUCGUCGCCACACUUUUUCUCUUCAUACAGGCAGAAAAAGGAUAUGGAUUGUUCAAAUUGGAGAAGCAUGCUUUAAGAAUGUUCAUUGCUGGUCCGGUCCUGUGGCUGGUUGGGUCAAUCCAUAACUCAUGCCAGAUCUACGAGAGGACGGAUGCUCAUAUUCAAAUCUUGCAAGAGGCUGUUCUUAUUCCUUUCUUGUUGGCGAGCGUGUUAUUUAUAGUCAGUGCAGUUAUCAAUUGUCUAGAACACGAUGCUGCCAUUCACCACGGCUUGGAUUUGCUCGGCGAGACGUGCAUAUGGUUAUGCAUAAUUGCAAGUUCGACGCUCUUCAUUGGGGCGAUGGUGAACGUAGUAAAAGUGUUCAAGAUGCAGCAUAACGGGAUGAGACUAGAGAAGCUUCGAGGCGGAGCACAAGAGAGGCUUGAUGAGUUAAGAGAAGGGCACGUGCCACUUGUGUCAGAAGAUUCUAGAAGGAGGAGGAAGUCAGAUGCACAACGCUCCAGAAACGAAACGGCAGGGGACUUGGAGAAGGGUCGAGGGAUGCAGCUACCCACGCCUUACAAAGAUGUUCUUCUUUCUCAAAAAUGCAACGGGAUUAUGUCGAUGGCCUUUGGAAGGCCUUGCUACGCUCCUUCCUUGGGAUUAAGCCGCCAAAUUUUUGGUUCACUCUAAGAGCGUCCCAUCGCCUCACAAAUGCAGCAUGCACGGGAUGCCGGGUUUAGGGCGGGUUCGAACGGGAGGAGAGGGUUUGAUUGAGGCUUUCGCGGUCUGGUUGGGUUGAGGCGUUGGUGCCUAGAAGCACCGGUGGAUCCGCCCCCUCCCGGCCGUUCGGAGAGCCUAAAUUUUUCCUUGAAUCCGCCCCCUCCGAGGAGUGUAAAAAUCUAUUUGUUUUCAAUAAAAGUCAUAUAAAAUGUAGUAGUCCAAUGGUUUGGUUGUUGGGUUUUUAACUAAGAGGUUUAGGGCUCAACAGGAGCAUAUUUUUU